AUGGAAGUGGAAAAUAUGAGCAACAGAGUUACGGGUCACGAUGAAGAAGAUGAUGUUUCAGUUUCACUUCCUGGAUUUCGAUUUCAUCCCACAGAUGAAGAACUUGUCGAUUUUUAUCUUCGAAGGAAAGUUGAAGAGAUACCAAUUAGAAUUGAACUCAUCAAACAAAUCGAUAUCUACAAGUACGAUCCAUGGGAUCUACCAAAAGAAAGUAACAUAGGAGACAAGGAGUGGUACUUCUUUUGCAAAAGAGGAAGAAAAUAUAGGAACAGCAUUAGACCCAAUCGAGUGACCGGUUCUGGGUUUUGGAAAGCCACUGGUAUUGACAGACCAAUAUAUUCUUCCAGUAGCAAUGGCCAUGACUGCAUUGGGCUGAAGAAAUCCCUGGUGUACUAUCGCGGAAGUGCUGGAAAGGGCACCAAAACCGACUGGCAGAUGCAUGAAUUCCGUCUUCCGGCUCCUGUUCAAGAUAAAAGCACCAAAAAUAUUGAUCAAGCUGCUGAAGUUUGGACUCUUUGUCGGAUUUUAAAGCGAAAUGUUUCGUACAAAAAAUGCAUGCCAGAAUGGAAAGAUGUGCCCGCUAAGAGGAACUCGUGCAACGUGGAGUCUGCAUAUCAAAAUAGCCAUAGUUACAUUAGUUUCAGUGAUGAGAAGAAACCCUGUUGGAGUCAUGGUGAAAACACUGGAAACCAACAACAGGUUAUAGGGCACUACAACUCAGACUCAGUAAUUCAAGGGCCAUUUCCAGCAAUAUCCUACUCUUCGAACCCGGAUAGGGAAGAUCUUAGCUCCAUUGUAAACUGUGAUGAUAUGCCUAUUUAA